AUGGCCGAGGCAACAUGGUCAAAUCAUCGGACAAUCUUGCGUGAAGCCCUGGCCAUUCAGAGUAUCCUAGCAACUCUCGUUCGCGAUGAUGGUCUCAAAACGACACCACUACCAGAGAAUACCACUUGGGAGAACUGGGCUAGAUAUGAAAGUACCAAGAGAACUAAGUGGAUAGUAUUCUGCUUCUUCAACUUGCACACCAUUGUCUACAACAUUCCAUCUCCAAUUCUUAGCUCGGAUAUCGAUGGGAUGUUACUGCCUUGCCAGUUUGCAACCUUUCGAACAACGUCCGAAAACAAAUGGCAGAAGUUGAAAGACAAGGAGCAUGAAAUUUGGUUCAAGGAUGCAUUCUCUCACCUAUUUCAGGAAAGUUUCAACACUACUCACAUUGUGCCAAAUUCUACACUUGGAAACUAUAUCCUAGCCCACGCCUUGAUCCAGCACAUCUACCUCGUCCGCAAAGUCUCCUGCCAUCGCCGAAAAGACAUCCCAGAAGAAGAUAUUGCAUCUACGAAAUGUCGUCCUGGGUUGUUUGAAAGUGAAAUGAAAAUUUAG